AUGAUUUGGGUGCUUUUGUGCGCUCUGCUCCUGUCUCUUCCCCUCGCGAGCGGAGGACACGUGCCAAACUGCCAAGAGGUGCGAGCCGUGUUUCACACUUUCCACCCCGGCUCCAAGUGGGUCCCUGAGAACCCCGUGUCAGGCUCAGAUCUGCAGGUGUGCCAGAGCAAAGGCCCCUCCUGCUGCUCCAGAAAGAUGGAGGAGAGGUACCAGACGGCGGCGAGAAACAACAUGGAGUCAGGCCUUCAGUCUGUGGGCGCGCAGCUCAAACGCCUCAUCAUCCAGAACGCAGCCAUCUUUCAAGAGGCGUUUGACCUGGUCCUCCGUCACGGCCGCAAUUCCACGCUCUCCCUGCUGAGGGCGGAGUUCCCCUCUCUGGGCAGCGGGGUGCACAGCCUGGUGGGACAGCUCUAUAUGGACAUGUCCCUGUACAUCCUGGGCUCAGACUCCUCCGUCAACCACAUGGUCAACGUUCUGUACGGGCGUCUCUUCCCUUUGGCGUACCGGAGGCUCCUGGGAGGCCCCGCCCCCUCCUCUGUGUCCGAGGAUUGUCUGAGGGGGGCCUGGAAGGAUUCUGGGGCUUUUGGACCUUACCCCAAACUCUUAAUGACCCGGCUGUCGCGCUCGCUCCUCGCCACUCGUGUCUUCCUCCAAGCGCUAAAUCUUGGCAUCGAAGUGGUCAAUACGACGGACCACCUGCGCCCGGGGAGGGACUGCACCCGCUCCCUGCUCAGGCUCUGGUACUGCCCCCACUGCCAAGGACAACUGGAGCCCGUGGCCUGUAAGGGACUGUGCCAGGCGGUGAUGCAGGGCUGCCUAGGGGGCGCUGUGGAGGUGCAGCCCCACUGGAGGACGUACGUGGAGGGGCUGGGGAGGCUGGCGGGGGGCAUGAGGGGGGAGCAGGACAUGGAGGGGGUGGUACUACGUCUGCCGUCGAUCAUCAAACUGUCUCUGAAACACGCGGUCAACGCCAAGACCAGGAUCACAGCACUGAUGAGUGGGAUGUGCGGACACGCCCCCCAGAGGAGCUCUCGUUCAGUGGGACUCCCCCUCUGCCCCAACCCCCCUCUGCCCCAAUGCCCGCCCUCCUCUGCCCCCCCUCCCUCCUCACCCUCAGACCCAGACGAGACGCUGACCGGGCUGCGCAGAGAGUUCAUUCUGAGCCUGAGGGGCUUCAUCUCCUUCUACAGUGGUCUGGGAGAGGCCCUGUGCAGCCGAGAGCCGCCCUCUGCCAACAGCUCCCUCUGCUGGAACGGACACGAAAUGACAGAAAGGUUUUCUGUCCCAGGUCUGAAGAGGUCUCACUCUGGACCUGAGACUCGGAACAACAAACCUCUAGAACCCGUCAUCAGUCAGAUCAUCGACAAACUCAAACACAUCAACCAGCUGCUGCGUAUGGUGAGCCUGUCGGAGAAGCGCUGGAGAGCUCGGUCUCGCUCGGAAGCAGGUGAGGAAGAGGAGGGUCUCGGGAGCGGAGACUGUGACGAUGAAGACGAGUGCAGCGGGACGUCCGGUCUGGGCCCCCCUCCGCGACGCAAACGCCUAAGGGUGUUCGCAGAAAUCGCUGAUAACAUGGAUGACUUCACUUUCCAGGAGCAGCUUCUGACCCCACGUCUGGCCACAGGAAACAUCGACGGAGUCUUAUCUAAAGCCACAGUCUGGAAAAACUCACCCAUUUUUAUAUUUUUCUCCUUUGCUUUGCUUGGAUUUUGUCUACACUGA